AUGGAGCGAGGAGAACUUGGCGAAGAAGCUAGGAAUUCGAAAUGUUCUUGCAGAAAGUUCAACUUUGAUGCACCGCUUUUGUCGACAAGGCGUACCGGCGGCUAUGCGGGUGAAGAACUGUCCUGCAGAAGUUCACAAGGUUUUGCAAGUGAUAGGGUUCCAUUUUCUUGGGAGCAAGCUCCAGGCAAGCCCAGAAACUUGGAGAGAGAUGACAUCCAUGAUGAGAAUGAGAAUACUCCUCGUCUGAGGCUCCCACCAUGUCUUUGGCAGCAUCAAUCAGCAGAAGCAACAAACGAUGAUUAUCCUCACAAUGAUGUUGAUGAUCAUGCAGUACUUGCUGAUUUUGAUGAUAGUUGUGAUGGCAAUAAUGGUGGCGAUGAUGCUGCUUUCUCAGAUGCUAUGGACGUGCUCUCCUUGUCAGAGGCAAUAGACAUUGUGACAAAAGCCGAGAAAGAUCAUGAAUUGGAUGGUUUAAAGCUAAAGUUUGCAGAGUCGAGCGGUAAGGAGUCUCCAAAUUACAUGAUCAAGCGCUUUCUUCGUGAUGCCACGACAUUGGCUACAUCAUCUGCUUUAACCAUCUCCAAGAGUUUCAACAAGAGGCUUCCUAAAUCGUCCGAUUACCCUGAAGCUUGUGGGUCUAACGUAGUAAGCCAAUCAUGUGCUUCACCGAAGGGUUGUGGCCUAGAAAGUCUCUUCUCCUGGCGCAUGAAGCAUAAACUUUGUAGCAUAAAGAACCCUACCCGGCAAGAAUCUGUAAAUGUACAACCUCAAUCUAGGGCAAAACAAAAGAAACAUCAUUGUUCAUCAGCUAAUGCUUUAAUUAGUAACGUAGAUAAACGUCGUACUUGA